AUGCCAUUGGAUUGUGAGGUGUGGCUUCAUAAAUAUAAAAAAGCAGAUCCAGCUGAGUUUCAGAAGAGCUGCUCUUCAGCACACGAGUUUGGAGAGUUGAGAUGUGGGGGCAAAACACAGGAAACCAGUAUCCCUCAGGCUGCAAUCCUCAGCCUGGAGGAUACCCCCAAUGUCCACCCCAACCCUGCCCUCCUCAGCCCUGUGGUCCACCCCAACCCUGCCCUCCUCAGCCCUGUGGUCCACCCAGCUACCCUCCUCAUGGAGGACAUGGUUAUGGACCAGAGCCUGGUUGUGGAGAUGGACAUGGACAUGGACAUGGACAUGGACAUGAUCAUGGUCAUCAUGAUCAUGGGCAUCAUGAUCAUGGGCAUGGUCAUCAUGAUCAUGGUCAUCAUGAUCAUGGUCAUCAUGAUCAUGGGCAUCAUGAUCAUGGGCAUGGGCAUGGGCAUCAUGAUCAUGGACAUGGACACGGGCAUCAUGGACACGGGCACCAUGGACAUGGGCGCGGUCGUGGUCGUGGUCGUGGUCAUCAUGGACAUGGGCAUCAUGGACAUGGUCAUGAGCAUGGGCAUGCACACGGACAUGGGCACAGGCACAAUCACGGUCACAUGCAUGGUCAUUGCCACAAGAAAGGCAAGAAGUGUCACGGGUCCUCCAGCAGCUCCUGCAGCAGCGACUCGGACUAGAAGAAGAGAAAGACGGAUGUAACCACCUGGACACCUUCAUCCUGUUACAUAUUAACAUAAUAAUCAUUUCAUUUAACAACAUGAAUCUUACAGUGUUGUUUAUUUACAUUUCAAAUAUAUGGUUAAUGGACGUGAGCUUGUAUAGUUCUUUGCGAGAGCAGCGUGGGGUUAAGUGUCUUGCCCAAGGACACAUUGGACAUGUGGCGGCUGAACCCCCGACCUUCCAGGUUGACAGACUACUGAAGUGUCUGAUGUAACUAGGACAGAGAUAAUAUAAGUUUACAACGGGUGCGUCUUGUGAUAGUAUCUGAAGGAGAUUUAGGAGUCCCCUCAGGUGGAAUGUUUAAAUUGAGGUAUUGUAUAGGAGUAUUGCCACAUGUGGUUGUGUAACGUGAUGUUUUAUGACCCAUGACGAAAAGCGGAUGUUUGGAUGCAUAUAAGCAAUUGUCUCUGUGUGUUCGAGAGAGAUCAUUAUUGGCUUCUUGAUCCUCCUGGUCAGACGUGACCAGUGACUCUGUUUCUUGCUUAAAUAAAAUUAUACUCUUUGAAAGCAAGUCAGUGUCAACGGCGAAUUUCUUCAUCAUCAAACAUAUCAACAACAAGGAAAUCCACAUCACUACAAGACUACCCAAUGAGCCACAGCCACCUACAUAAGGCUAUUAAAGGCUGCAGAAUAUUUUUUAGUCAAAUUAAGAUUUCAUGCAUUUCAUGGCCUGUCAUAAGUGUUGUGCCCAUCACAUUUUAAAGUGAAAUAAUAAAACAUGUUAGUGGUUACCA